GCUGGUAGGUUUAACUAGUCAUAUUUCGAAGCCUGUACCCGUAACUUGCACGUUCAUCGCUCGUCGUCGGAUAGUACGAUAACUUAACGGGCACAGUUAAGUUUUCGAUUUAAUACCCAUUUUACAUGUAUAAAAGUCCCGUCCGUUGCCAGAUUAUUAAUUAUCGCGUUUAAUAAAUACUUAACUUAGGUACAAGAUGAAAAUGUACGUGAUUUCGGCAGCUGUCGUCAUCCUUGUCGUCGUUACUUCGGCGAACGCGAAUAAUGUCCCGCAGAAUCCGGUUGAAAAUAAUCAGUCGAGGCCGCCCAAACCCAGUGCGAUACUGCCGUCUAAUAAAACAAACUUUCCCGUAUCUCAUAUUGAGGCCUCACAAAAGUCAGCGGCCGUCACCACCUCAGAGGCCACUUUGGUCACGUCUGCGGCGACUACCUCUAAGUUGACGUCUACGUCCAUAAACACCACCGCGACGACAGCUAUCAAGGUACCUGUACAGGCCAACAACACCGCCGCGACAACGACUAUUGAUGGAAUGGCCUACAACACCUCCACGACAACAACCGUCAAGAUACCUGUACAGGCCAACAACACUACCGCGACAACGACUAUUGAUGGAAUGGCCAACUACACCUCCACGACGACACCUGUCAAGAUACCUGUACAGGCCAACAACACCGCCGCGACAACGACUAUUGAUGGAAUGGCCUACAACACCUCCACGACGACACCUAUCAAGGAAACGGAUAACAACGCCAACUCGACGACGUCUGUUGGUGGAACGGCCGCAGCACAGCCGGCGAUAACCGCCAACGUAGGCGAAGAAUCUGUAGACAAUAAACAUAUUAUCAUUCAACCACCUAUAAGACAAACCGGCAAAAAUCUGUGUCCGGAGGGAUAUACUAUGACUAAUAACGGAAAUUGUUCACCAAAGUUUCCAGACAAAUAAGAUUGGCGCAGUUUCGCCGCCAACGAGUUUCGAGCUUAGAAUAAUAUACAGAGGGAUUAAACAAGCAUGUGCACACUCUUUUUU